GCCAAAGUGAGCGAGCGCCGUACGUCCGGUGGCCAUGGACCUGCGGCGGAGCGCGAUGCGGUCCUUCGACGACUUCGACCCGCCAGUCGAGUGGAAGCUGGCCGGCGACGAUCAGGACGUGGUGGAGAUCUCCCUCCCGGGGUUCCGCAAGGACCAGGUCAGGGUGCAGGUGGACAAUUACGGCGUGCUCCGCGCCACCGGCGAGAGGCCGGACUGGGGCGGCAGGUGGGCAAGGUUCACGAAGGACCUGUGCCUCCCGGAGUACUACGACGCCGACGCCGUCCGCGCCAGGUUCGAGGGCGAGAAGCUCAUCAUCACGCUCCCAAUCGUCCCGGCUGCAGGCGAGGCCUCGCCAACGCCGUCGCCUGACCUCCAGAAGCCGCCGUCAUCGUCCUCGCCGACUCCAUCACCACCACCAACACCACCUCGACCUCCUUCAUAUUAUGAGCCGGCGCCGCCGCCACGUCCAUCACAACCACUGGUGCCACCUCUCCCUCCAACUUCUGAGCCGUCACCACCGCCUCGUCCUCCUACGUAUUCUGAGCCGCAGCCGUAUCGGCGUCCAUCACCACCACCACCACCACCACCUCCUCCUCCUCCUCCUAUCUAUUAUAAGCUGCCGACGAGUCAGCGUCCAUCACCGCCACCUCGCCCUCCUACAUAUUCAGAGCCGCCGCCGCCGCCGCCGCCGCCGCCGCCACAGCCAAGUCCAUAUCCACCAGCGGAACCAUCUCGUCCUCCUACUUAUCCUGAGCCGCCGCCGCCGCCACAAUCUGCACGACCACCUCCGACUAUUGUUCCUGAGCCGACGAAGCCGUCGCCGCCUCGUAAGCCAACGAAGGCCGCCGAGCCGUCGCCGGCGCCACAUGAGAGGUCGACCAGUGUUCCUGAGCCAAAGAUACCUGCCUUGUUGGAGACGGAAAUCUCUGUCUCACCUCCUUCUCCUGCGCCUCCUGUUGCUCACGCAUACGAGGCGCCGAAGCAGCAACUGCAAGAUACCAAGGCGCCAGAGGAAGACGGCAAGGUCAGCAAGCCAUCACCGGAGAAGAAGAAGAAAAGGAGGGAGAGGGAGAAGAUGGGCCGUGAAGCGAGAGGGAAGGUGGACGAAUCCAUGAGGGGUGGAACGCCGUUGGAGAAGGAGAAGCAAGCUGAGGAACUGCCGACUGCCGGUGAGGCUCCGACGACAACAAUGGCACCACCAGAGCCGGCGAGGCAACUGCUGGUGAACGUUGCUGCGGCGGUGGCCGUGGUUGUGGGGAUCAUCGUGGCCGUGUGGCACACCCUGAGGAGCUAGCUACCUAGCGUGCUGCUGCUUAAUUAGGUGGUGAAUGUAAUGAACUUGUCAAGUGUUGCUUGUAAUUAUGUGUUGCUGCGGACUUGCAAUUGUAUAGUUCCAUGGCCAGAUUAACCAAACAGAGCAAACAGACUCCAAGCAUUUAAGCCUGUUGCUGCCAGUGGA